CAGCCCCGGGGCGCCGGCCCCGAGCCCCGAGCCCGGACGCAGGAGCGCGCGGCGCCGACGCGGCCGGAGAUGUCCGAGCCCAAGGCCACGGACCCCAAGUUGUCCACGACCGACCGGGUGGUGAAAGCUGUCCCAUUCCCUCCGAGCCACCGGCUCACGGCCAAGGAAGUAUUUGACAGCGAUGGGAGGCCACGUGUCGACGUGCUGAAGGCACACCUUAUGAAGGAAGGCCGACUGGAAGAGAGUGUGGCCUUGCGCGUCAUCACUGAGGGUGCAUCUAUCCUGCGGCAGGAGAAGAACCUGCUGGACAUCGAUGCUCCGGUCACAGUGUGCGGGGACAUCCAUGGACAAUUCUUUGACUUGAUGAAGCUCUUUGAAGUGGGCGGCUCACCUGCCAACACCCGCUACCUCUUCCUCGGGGACUACGUGGACAGGGGCUACUUCAGCAUUGAAUGUGUGCUAUAUCUGUGGGCCUUGAAAAUUCUCUACCCCAAAACACUGUUUUUACUUCGUGGAAAUCAUGAAUGUAGACAUCUCACUGAGUACUUCACAUUUAAACAAGAAUGUAAGAUCAAAUACUCGGAGCGCGUGUACGACGCGUGCAUGGACGCCUUUGACUGCCUGCCCCUGGCUGCCCUGAUGAACCAGCAGUUCCUGUGCGUCCAUGGGGGGCUGUCCCCUGAGAUCAAUACGCUGGAUGACAUCAGGAAGUUAGACCGAUUCAAGGAGCCCCCUGCCUACGGGCCUAUGUGUGAUAUCCUCUGGUCAGACCCAUUGGAGGACUUUGGAAAUGAGAAGACACAGGAGCACUUCACUCACAACACUGUCCGGGGCUGCUCCUACUUCUACAGUUACCCAGCUGUAUGUGAAUUCCUACAACACAAUAACUUAUUGUCUAUUCUUCGUGCCCAUGAAGCCCAGGAUGCAGGGUAUCGGAUGUACAGGAAAAGCCAGACCACAGGCUUCCCAUCUCUAAUCACCAUCUUCUCUGCUCCCAACUACUUAGAUGUGUACAAUAACAAAGCUGCAGUAUUGAAGUACGAGAACAACGUCAUGAACAUCAGGCAGUUCAACUGUUCCCCUCAUCCAUACUGGCUUCCCAACUUUAUGGACGUCUUCACUUGGUCACUGCCAUUUGUGGGGGAAAAAGUGACUGAGAUGCUGGUCAAUGUCCUCAAUAUCUGCUCUGAUGACGAGCUUGGGUCAGAGGAAGAUGGAUUUGAUGGGGCGACUGCCGCGGCCCGGAAGGAGGUCAUCAGGAACAAGAUCCGGGCCAUAGGCAAGAUGGCGAGGGUGUUCUCAGUGCUCAGAGAGGAGAGUGAGAGUGUGCUGACGCUGAAGGGCCUGACGCCCACCGGCAUGCUCCCCAGUGGGGUCCUCUCUGGAGGGAAGCAAACUCUGCAGAGCGCUACUGUUGAGGCUAUUGAGGCUGAUGAAGCCAUCAAAGGAUUCUCACCCCAGCAUAAAAUCACUAGCUUCGAGGAGGCCAAGGGCCUCGACCGCAUUAACGAGCGGAUGCCGCCGCGCCGUGACGCUCUGCCCUCCGACGCCAACCUCAACUCCAUCAACAAGGCACUGGCCUCAGAGACUAACGGCACCGACAGCAACGGCAGCAACAUCCAGUGACCAUCCCGGCACCUCCUGUCCUGGGCCACAGGGCUGCACGGCCUGUUCUGGUUGCGGGGAGUGGGGUGCACGGCGCCAGGACGAGGAUCGAUUCCGUUUACACUAUCAUAAAACCGAGGGAGAGAGUAUAAAACUAUAUUUUGGUGGGGUGGUGAUUCCACACCUCUUUUGGGGAUGUCUUUUAAAAAACGCUUCUGGGGGGAAUUAAAAAUUAAAAAAAAAAAUUUUUAAACCCAGCUGAUGCUAAUCUGUCCUGCAAAGUUAGGGGAAUGAGCAGGUUUUCCUACUGCCUCGGGCACUUGUAGAUAGGUUCGGGAAAGGCCUUUUAUUAUGUUUCUGGACACGAGAACUUUGUCUAAUUUCUUACUCUAUUGUCCGUUUACAGUUGCAGCACUAAAAAUGGAUGACAUCAACAUUUUUAACAAAAUGAUGUACAAACUAAAUAACUAUUUAUUGAUAAUGUUUUGCUACUCUUGUCAGACAAUGGCUAUAAAAUGAAUUAGGCAGUCUAAAAAAAUAAAAACACACAAAAUAAAAAACCAGAAAAAAAGAAUGUUGCAAAUUUGUUAAAAUGCCAAAAAAAAAAAAAAAGGAUAGUUUGAUUUUUGUACAGAUGACGCUUACCUCAGGUUUCUUUAGUGUCCCUGAAUGCCCUUCUUUUCACAGAACACUUGCUCAUUUGGCAAUGACUUUUUUUCUUUUAAGUUUAAAAACUGGAAUAAUUACAUUUAUCCUGUUUUUUCUUCUGUUUGUAUUUAGGGAUUUUGUUGAUAAAUCAAGUUUUGGUGUGGCUUGCUGAAUUAAAUAUUUAUGAGUGGUGCAUUUUUAAGUAUAGUGAACAAGACACCAUAUUAAGUACAGUGAAAAAGCAUCUAUAUUCUGUAAAAAAAAAUCUGCCUAUGCAUGUUUUUUAAGAAAAAAUAUGGCUGUAUCGGCCUGUAUGGGACUGUAAUGCGCUUCCUGGUCUGACAUGUACUGGAAAUGUAUGUAUACUGGCGUACUUUAUAUUCUCUAAAAUGCUUAAUGCCUUUGAAAUUUUGUAAUCAAAAAAAGCUUUGAAAAAAUCUAAAGAGGGAGAGUAUUCUUAAAAGUUUUUAACAUAAGCUUGUCAAUGCACAUAUAGGUGGUUAGCAUGUUUAGCGAACCUUGUGAAACUUAACUAAGUUUGUAGUUACAUGUGAAACUCUAAAUGCAUGGUAACUGUUAAUGCCACAACGGUUUAGCUGUUUCGUUCUGUUUUGUCACGUGCCACAAAAUUUGUCCUUUUUUCCUUUUUUUCCCCCCUUUGUAUAGCAGUUACGGGUUACACUGCUUCAUUCUGAAAACAACAACAAAAGCCCAUUCACAUUUUCUAACAGUUGUAUAAGUGCCCAAGUAAUUCACUACAGCCUAAAGCCUUGCCUUUGUAAUUUGACUUCUGAAAUGUUGGCAAUCAAAGCAUGCACUUGUGACAAUGACAAAGAAAAAGCAUUUUAUAUUACUCCUCAAUAAACAUGCAUGAACGAACAGAGCUCUGCCCCCUUUCGUGAGUCUGGGAAGGGAUGUGCCCCACGCUUUCCAAAAGUGGAAUGCAGUGCUGGCCCUGGCUUUUCUGCAGGCCCCUACCCUAGGCAUGGUGCCUCCUUCCACCACAGAAAUCAACCCCGGCUACUGGGCCUGUGUCUUGGUGAGAUAUGAGAGAAGUACACGCCAUCCCCUGGUCCCAAGCUGGGACCCUAUCCAGAAACUAGAACAUUCCUGUUUCUUGAGAAACUACCUGCAAACUUGUUCUAAGCUUGUCUCAGUUGUUUGGUGCUUCGUCUACGUGAGUGGUAAGGUCUGAUUUGUUCAGACUUUUCCUCACUGGACUGCAGUUGGUUGUCAUUAAGGAGAAUUCGCAUAUUCGUGUAGAAAUUCAGCUCGAACCAAGUCCCUAAGAGUUCAGGCACCCCAGUUUCACUUGUCUCUAACCCUGUUCAUUUUCAGUGCACUUCGCUUUAUGUGAUAAAAUAUGCCUGUUAUAUUAAAUAAUAAGAAUCUGACUAUUAAUGAUAAGGUCUACCAAAACAAAGGUGUUUUAAGUAUAUACUCUGACGAAAAUGAUUCUAAAUUUAAUGAAUACAAACAGUGUUUUCCUGAUGACAUUUUUCAUCCAAAAAUUUUUUUUGACUUCCAAGGAAAAUACUUUGAUCCAGUUUAAUAGACUGACUUCAAAAUAUGGUAAAUCUGAUACUGAAGUGUUUGUUUUCUUUCUUAUAACAGCAAAGAAAAUAUGACAAAAAGAGAUUUUUUUUUUGAUUCCUUUCUUUUACAAAUUGUGCUGAGGCAACUAUGGCAUAGAAAUAAACAUUUGACAUUAAAAUACGCA